GUGUUGUCAUAAGAAAAAGAUAAGAUUAAUAAACUAUCUCAAAAUAUUUUUUUACGCAUUCAUCUAAUUUUUAUCUACGUGAUAAUUUGUUACGUGCGUUUUAUCAGUCGCAGGCCGGCAUUCUGCUUUACAAUUCUUGUAGUUUAAACUAGCUUUAAAUAUAAUGGAAAAUUAUUUUCGUUCUAUUCGUGUUUUAAACCGGCUUUUAAGAAAGCCUGUCAGUAUGGCUAAUUAUAAGUAUGCAUCAACUGCUCCUGUGAAAGAGGAACUUAAUUCUGAGCUUUUAACGUCAUUCAAUCAAGAUAUAAAAGCGGGUGGUGUGGUACCAGUAUUCAGAAGAGCUCUAUUAUUCCCCAGUCGUGUUGCACUACAAGAUGACAUUGGAAUAUAUACAUAUGCAGGUCUCCACCAGGCAGCGUCAUCACUUAGUGAUGAAAUUGCUGCACAACUGUUGGGUGAAACACAACGUACAAUCGCAUACAUGUGCAGCAACAAUGCUUCGCACGUCAUCACGCAGUGGGCUAUAUGGAUGAUGGGGAACAUUGCUAUCCCGCUCUCCUCGCUUCAUCCUCCGGAUAUGAUCAAAUAUUUUCUAACAGACAGUACAGCUAGCUUAGUUAUAUGUACACAGGAAUAUGAGAAACUGUUACGACCUAUAACUUUAGAAGUUUCCACACCUUUACUUAUUGCUGGUAGAGAGAAAGAAGUAACCGCACAACUAUAUCAACCUAAUACAACAUUUAUGAAGCCAAAGAUGGAUGAUAAUUUAAAUGAUAUUGGAAAAUCAAAUAUCUGGUAUGGAGAAAAUGAUGCCAUGUUAAUUUAUACUAGUGGUACAACGAGUAAGCCAAAAGGCGUAGUAUGGACACACAAUAUGCUCAGUACGCAAAUAGCAGCACUGCACAGUGCGUGGCAGUACUCCGCUAAUGAUGUUGUACUACAUACGCUCCCCUUGCAUCAUAUACACGGACAACUGAAUUCAUUGAAUGCCUCGUUAGCCGCUGGAGCACGCAUACGUAUGCUAUCGUCGUUUGUGUCACAUGCCGUGUGGUCUCGCUUACUCGGUAUGGGAGAGAGGGAGGAAGCAAAGGUGUCUGUAUUCCACGGAGUUCCCGCGAUGUAUUCCCGCCUUGCCUCGGAUUAUGAUACGAUGUUCGCGGACAACAAGAUGGCGGAUUACGUUCGUAGCACGCUUGCUAGUAAAAUGAGGUUGAUGUGUGCGGGAUCAGCGCCACUACCUGAUACACUGUUUAGGAAGUGGGAGGAGAUAUCAGGUAUUCGCUUGCUAGAGCGGUAUGGUAUGUCAGAAGUGGGUAUGGCACUCAGUAACCCAUACAGGCCGGUGGAGCAGCGGCAGGUGGGCUGUGUGGGUGUACCUUUACCUGGAGUCACCGCCAGGAUAGCGACCGUCGAUGAACUGAAACCACUGAUCACUGUGGAAUCACCAGUCCCUGAUACACAGAUAUCAUUGGAUAAACUAGGUCUAUCAGGUACUAAGGAGUUCUUCACAGAUAGUAAAGGUAGUGAGUGGAAACAACCAACAGUUGAAAUACAUGAAAGAAAUCAAGAUGACGAGUAUGAAGGUGAAUUACUACUGAAAGGACCCGCUGUCUUCACCAGAUACUGGAAUAGGUUACCUCAAUUGAAUGCGUCAGAUUUCACAAGUGACGGUUGGUUCAGAACUGGUGAUACUGCGUCAUACUCUGCAGGUCGAUUUAGGAUCCUCGGUCGUACUUCAGUAGAUAUAAUAAAGACCAGUGGUUACAAAGUGAGCGCGUUGCAAGUGGAAUCCGCGGUAUUGGAACAUCCUGAUGUAGCCGAUGUCGCGGUAUUGGGGGUACAAGAUGAUACCUAUGGAGAGAUAAUAACCGCAGUAGUGGUGACCAAAGAUAAUGCGAAGCUAACAUUAAAAGAUAUAAAAGAUGUGGCAGGUAAAAAAUUACCUCCAUAUUCGUUGCCAAGGAAACUACUGCUUGUGGAGCAAAUGCCGCGCAAUGCAAUGGGCAAAUUAGACAAGAAGGAAAUAAGAAAAGUAUUCGCUGAUAAACUUAAAAGUGAUGCUAAAUAAGUUUAAUGACUGAUCACAGACAAGUAUAUAAAUGUGCGAGUUCCUGUAAUGUAUAUACAAUAAUAAGUUAUUUGAUUCAAUUAGAAACAAAACAAGCAACAUUUAUUUUCGAGGAA